AUGAAUUAUUAUUAUUAUAAUAAAACGAAUCAAUGUCAAUUACAACCAACUGAUUGGACUUCACAAUUCGACUUGACUGGUCGAUAUCAAUUGGGUUGGGGCAACUUUUUUAUGGAUAUUAGUCAAACAGGCUAUGAUGUACAAUGGACAUAUGAAACUACUGAUGAUAGAUAUACCUUUGUGGGUCAAUAUAUUAACGAAACAAUGAUAAGCGGUAUGCAAACAAAUAUAAAAAAAAGAACAAAUUGUGUAGUAUUACAAAAUUUUGAAUUAUCUGUUGUGGGAAAACGUAAUUUUUGUCGAAUUCGAGCUACAUUUACUUGUUAUUGUAUUGAUGAAUUACCUGGUAUUAAUGAUAUAUCAUCUGGUUAUGAAGCAGCUAAAAUGCUUUCUGCAAGUGAACAAAAUUCAAAAUAUCGUAUAUUUGAUUUAAGUGAAGAAAGUACAACUCCAUUUAGAACUAAAGUACUUGAACAAGAUCGAAUUUUUACACGACCUAAACUUGUUCAAAUAACUGAAAUCAAUGUUCGAAAACAAGAUACUUAUCAUCAAGCAUAUUAUAAUCAAUUUAUUGAAACAUAUGGAACACAUUAUAUUUCUCGUAUUAUUGUUGGUGGUACAGCUCAUUUAUAUACAUUACUAGAUUCUAGUUAUCAUAAAGUGUCUUCAUAUGAAGAAACAUCAAGUCAAGUUAGUUUAAUGCUUCAAUAUAAAGGAUCUUAUGGUCAAUAUGGAUCUGAUACAAAUCAAAUUUGGGCUUCAAUGAAAGAAACAUUUAAGAAAACUUCAGCUACAUUUUCUAUUUUUCAACCUCCAGUAGCAAGUCAAAAUAAUAAAUCAGAUUGGGAAACAUGGCAACAAACAGCUGGUAAUUAUCCAGUUGUUGUUAAUCGAACAUUAUUUUCUAUUCAUAAUUUAAUUAAAAAUAAACCAACAAUUCGAGAACAUUUACGUAAAACAAUUGAAUUUUAUUUACAAAAAGGAGUAAUGCCAACAUUAGCUGAAUUGAAUGGUCAAAUUACAAGUCGUAGUUCUUUAAUAUUAUCAAAACCUCAAAAUUCUAUAAUGGGACUUGAUAUUGUUGGUUGUGGAUAUGAUCCUCUUUUAAUGGAAAGUAAAUAUUGUUUAUUUGAUCAAAAUAAUUUUACUGAUAAUAAACAAUGGUCAGAUCCAUAUAAUAAAACUUUAACUUAUUCCAUACCAAAUGGAUGGUUUGUUGUUAAUACUCCUGAAUCAUUAACAUUUGAUGGUUCAAUAUUAAUAACAUCUAUAGAAGAUUAUUUUCGUUCAAUAAGAACAGUUAAUGUUAGAAAAUCAGGUAAUUGGUUAGGCAUCGAUCGUCAACAUAGUCAAAAACUAGUAACGGAAUUUUAUCGUCGUUUUUAUCAAGAUUAUUAUAAUUUAGUACUUCGAAUGAAACAAAUUGGUUGGUAUACAUUAUCAGUAACAGCAUUUCCAUAUCCAAAAUUAAAUCCUACAGCUCAAAUAGCAUUUAAUAAUUUACCAACAUAUUUUGAUAUAAAAGAUUUAAAAAUUUGGAAAAAUUUUUUUAAUAUAUUUGGUACACAUAUUGUUGUAUCAUCUAAUAUAGGUGGUCAAGUUUGGGCUGAAACAUGGUAUGAAACAUGUUUAACUUAUGAAUAUCCACAAACAUGGAUUGAUGAACAAGUAAAUAAAAAUUGGUUUUUAUUUACAACAUCUAUCAAACAAAAAGAAGAUUAUAGAAAACAAAUUGAUGAACAUUUUAAACAAUAUUCAAUAUUUUCAUCUCAAUUAUUAGGUGGUACUGAUUCUAUGAAUCCAUCUGAAUGGGAAAAAUGGAUUUCAACAAUAAAAAUACAACCUCGUCCUAUUUCAUAUCGUCUUAUAUCAUUAAAUGAAAUUCUACCAGAAAGUGAUCGACGUAAUGCACUUAAAGUAGCUAUUGAUUAUAUUUUAAAAAUAGCUGAAACAGACAAUCAUAAUUAUAUUGAACAAUUAAAAAAAUUACGAGAUCUACCAAAAAAAAAUUGUACUCGAAAUAAAAUUCGUAUACGACGAGCUGAAUCAACAGUAAAUAUUGCAGAAGCAAAGAAAGGUUUAUGUCCUUAUAUUGGAUAUAAAGGAAAAGAAUGUAUUGGAUCAAAAACAAUAGGACGAGCUUUAAUUGCAGAAAAUGCUUCUAGAUUACCAAUUGGUGUUGGUAUGACACUCGACAUAACAACAGGUAGACUACUUCUUCCUGCUUUGGAAUAUAUCUAUCGUGGAAAUAACUAUUGGACUGAUCCAAUUACAAAGAUAAUAUAUCAAGCACCUCGUGGAGUAACUUUUUCUGCAAUUAAUUCAAAUGAUAAUAAUCCUAUUUCUCGUGUUUUUCUUACAGCGGCUGAAUUAUCAAAUGAAUGGAAAUAUGAAAAAUUAAGAGGAAGUUGGUUAGGUGGAGAAUUUGGUCAUUCAAAAUCAUUACUUGAUAUAUUUAGUAAAUUCUUUUCAAAAAAUCAAGCAAUAGCUAUAACACAAAAGCCAAACGUUUUAUAUCGAUUACGUAUUGAAAAUCUUCAAUUAAAUAAAUAUGCUAGAGAAGCAAUAGAAAAUCUACCAAUUGUAUAUGAUGAAACUUUAUAUAAUGAUUUUUUACAAAAUUGGGGUACACAUAUUGUACAACAAUCUCUUAUUGGUGGAAUGCGUGAACAACAAGUUCUUUUUAAAGAUUGUAUAUUUUCAUUUAAUGGUGCAAUAACAUCAAAUAAUUUAAAUGAUUAUCUUAAAAAAGAUAUUCUUAAUGAAACACUUGGAAAUAAUUUUUAUGCUGAUCGUCGAAAAAUUUUUGUUGAUCAAUGGCUUGGUGGUGAUCCAACUGAAAAGAAUGAAACACGUUGGCAACAAACAUUAGUUGCUAAUCCUGCUUUAUUGAAAAUUGAAGAAUAUGUACCUUGGUCAGAUGUUAUUGAAAUUGAUUCAAAUGUACGUACAAAUUUAAGAAGAAUUAUUCAAUCUCGUACUGCAGUAGCAGAUAAAAUUCGAAUAGAUGAAGAAAAUCAAUUAAAUGAACAACGUAUUAAUGGAAGUUUUAUGAUUAGAGAAGGUUCAAUUGGUCUUUUAAAUAAUGGUAAAUGUGAAAUAAUACCGGCAACAUUUGGUUCGGUAAAAGAUUGUUCAGAAGGAUGUCCAACUAAUACACAGAUAAGAAUUAAUUCUGAUUUUUUUGAUAAUCAACAACUUUGGUAUGUACGAGAUGAUACAACAGGAUUUAUUCGAGCUCGAGCACGUAUAGAUGCACAAACAGUCCUUGAAGGACCGAUGAUCAAUGCUGGGUGUUCAUCGAUUGAUACCGGAAGAGAUCCUACUAGAUCUGCCCAUAUAUGCGUUUCAUGUGAUUUAGUUAGUAGUUUUACUAAUCAAUGUGUAUAUGUGUGUCCAACAUAUCCAUCAUCGAGUGGAAAGUAA